AUGCCUGACUCCGACCCACCCCCAUCAUUGUACGCACAGAAAGAAACUGUCAAAAAUGAGGUCGACUCUCUACACCCAACGGCCAGUUGCGCUGAAGCGCGCUUAGGAGAGAUAGAGGAGAACCGGAAUGGACAAUUCCACCGUUCCUUUUCGCCCCGUCAGGUUCAUAUUAUCUCUCUAGGAUCGAAUAUCGGUAGUGGUGUCUUUAUCGCCACUGGCAAGGCCCUUGCUACGGGUGGCCCAGGUAAUAUGGUCAUCGCCUAUACUAUGGUCUGUUCCUGUGUCUGGGCUGUUCUGCAGUCCUUGUCAGAGAUGACCAUCGCAUUCCCGGUCUCUGGUAAUUACAUCGAUUAUGCCGAUCGUUGGGUCGAUCCUGCUUUGGCUUUUGGUGCUGGAUUUGCAGAAUGGUUAGGAUGGACGGCAAUCGUUGCGGCUGAAGCCGGGUUCUUCAAUGUCUUAGUUCAAUACUGGUCGGAAGGAUCGAUGCCACUGGCUGCUACUAUCUCCAUCUUCAUGUUCGCCUGCUUGAUCAUCUUCACACUCCCAAACAAAGUCUUCGCUUGGUUUGAAUAUGUGACGUCGCUUAUCAAAAUCGUGAUUUUCCUCAUCAUCAUCGUGCUCUCCCUGGCAUUGGUUUUAGGCGCUGGCCCCAACGGCUACAUCCACCACGGAGACACUUGGACGGAAUUUCCCGCAUUUCUAAAUGGCUUCUCGGGCUUUGCAAACUGCGCCCUACUCGCUGUCUGGGCCGUCGGCGAUCAAGUAUUCAUCGGUAUCAUGGGAGGCGAGGCAGAAAGCCCCCGUUUCUCAAUGGCACACGCGACAAAACUUGUUCCAUUCCGAGUGAAUUUCAUCUAUGUAAUCAGUGUUGUAUUCAUUACAAUCCUCGUCCCCUCGGAUGAUGAUCGUCUUCUUGGCGGCAGUGGAGUUGCCGCUUCGCCUUUCAUCAUCGCAGUCCAGGACUCUGGAAUCUCGGGCAUUCCUUCCCUCUUGAACGCUGGAAUGAUCUGCGGUGUUCUUGCGAUCGCUGCUGAGGGAGUCUAUCUCUCGUCAAGAGUGCUGAGGACUAUGGCUCAUCAAAAACUUAUUUGGGAACGUCUUGCUCAUGUUGAUAACCAGGGACGACCGAGGCUUGCGCUGAUUAUUACUUCGGUCGUUGCCGUUGUUCUUUCAUACAUCCAGAUUGCAGCUGGCGGUCUGACGGUAUUGAACUGGCUGAUUUCAAUUACGAGUGCCUCGUUCUUCACCAACUGGAUCAUCAUCUCAUAUGUCAACUGGAAGUUCCACCGUGCACUCAAGGCACAGAAAGACCCACUCUUUACGGAACUUUAUGCAUGGAGGUCAUCGCUGUGGCCACUUGCACCGGCAUGGCUGAUGCUGAUCUCCCUAUUCCUACUGGUCUGCUGCGUUUUCCUUGGAGUUAAGCCUCCAGGUGUUGAUGACUUCUCCGCAACGAAUUUUUUCCAAUACAUCCUCGGCCUUCUAUUAAUUUUCGGCUUCACCAUCGGAUACAAGAUUAUUUUUAGGACACCAUGGCGGGAUGCAAAAACGGCGGAUCUAAGCACUGGUCGACGCCCCUUGAGUGAUGAUGAGAUUGCGAUGCUGGAUGAAUACUACAGGCAGCCUAGCUGGAGAAGAUUCCUCACCUAUGUACAGUUAUGGUAG